CUAAAUCGCGACUGCAACCGUGAAUUAAUAUUCCAUGCUUAUUCUUUGUUUUGUAAACAAAUCCGUCAAUCUAGAAAUUAUGCGAAAAGAAGUUAUUUGUCUUUAAAGUCGUAUUUAGUAGACCUUAAAGUUACCUAUCGACUUCAUAAAGUCGGAAAUGCAAUCGACUUCAUAAAAUUAUAGCACACGAAGAGUUUUGACCUAUAAUGUUUUUAAUUUUAAUACUAUACACAUACUUAAACUUUGUUAAAUACAAUCACAGUUCUUUUUUAAUUUAUAAUUCUUUAUCAUGAUGUUAACUUACCUGAAAAAGAGAGCCUUGUUCACCUACAUGAAAACUAGUCAUUUAGCAAAAUUCAAUGUUCAGCAAUGUGCUGCCCAAUAUUCAACUGCUCAAAAUCAAAAAUUAAAAGUCUAUGAUGAAAUUUCAAUCCAUAAAAAGAAAAACAAAAUAAAACCUAAACCUUAUGAGGAAUUAUUGAAAGUACUUGAAGCUCGAGAACAAACUCUCCAUGUUCAAAGUCGGCAAUCCGUGCAAAAGUUGAAAGAAAACUCAAGUUCAAUAAGCUUGGGAAAGGACCUAUUCAAAUCAAAUGCUUCUGAAUUAAACCUAGACGCCAAUGAUGGAAUAUUUACAGUUAAACCCGAUGUUAAAACCAGAAGUAAAAGUACUUCAGAGAAUAAAACGGCUAAUGAAGCUAAGACAAAACAAUCCAAUAAAGGAAAUCUCGUAAAAGCCAAAAUUAAGAAAGAACUGUCGGCUAAUCAAAAAGAAAUGCUUAAAACAACUAAGUUUGCACAUGCAAUGAAAACCUUGAAGUCAUACAUAGAAGUCUGCAUUAAUAUAGAUGAGGUGGGAAAAGCACAUUAUGCUUUUGAGAGGUACUUGAACAAAUAUGAGACUAAGUCUGUUGAUGUCAGUGUUUAUAAUAUGUUGAUUUCUGGCUGGGCUCAGAAAGGUCGCUUGGAUAAAGUUAAGAAAAUAGUUUCUCAAAUGUCUGAAAAUUCUAUUUCUCCAAAUUUGCAAUCUUAUGCAGGCUACUUAGAAUGCAUUGGUAGAAGCAAAUUUCUAGAUAUUUCAGAAAUUCAGCAUGUAGUAAAGGAAAUAAAAUCUAAAGGCUUUUCUUGUUCUGAUAUUCUACAUAAAUGUACUUUUGUAGCAGACCAAAAAGAAAAGAUAACCGAGGUGUUAGGAUUUGUGGAAUCAAAUCUUUCCACACCGUCACUGGGAAAAGAAAGUUCUAUAUAUUCAUGUGAACUUCUCAAUAAGUUGAAUGAUAAAUCUUAUGGAAGAGGAGGUAGACACCUUGAUCUUUGCUUUGAAGAAAAAGAUAUACCAAAACAUGCUGCAAAUCAAAUGCAAAGUGAAAUUAAGUAUAGCCUUGAGAUUAGAUCAGUAGAUGCAAUUACAAAAUUGGAUGCAAAAGUUCUUAAAUCUAGGAAGUAUUUAAAAGAAUGUGAAGGCGAGUGGAGGAAAAAACUUACGCAGGUUUUGAAAAACAUUAAAAGUCUUGAAAAACGAUCUCUUGGAAUUCGAAUUCGUAAAACAUCAAUUUAUCCAUAUUUAGCUGUGAUUGAUACUGAUAUUCUCGUGGAUCUUUUACUUCAGGAAGUAAGAUUACUUUCUGAAACUGGGGAGUUUUUCAGCCUUAAUGAAGGUACCAUGUAUAAAGCGCUUGGACACAAAGUUAUGAACCAUUACUUUGUUUGGCUGAAUCAAAAACAUAAAAUAACAGACAAGGUGUUAUUCAUUUAUCAACAUUACCUAGAUUAUCUUCUUAAUCCUGAACUUUGUGAAAAAUAUACGCCAAGGGAAUAUUGGGAGAAGUUGAAAUUAGAUUAUUCGAGUGGACCUAGUAUUGAUAUUUCACAUAAUAACUGGCCUCCUGAUGUCUUAUUACAUAUUGGAAAAUAUCUAUAUGAUAUUCUUCGCAAUAAUAUUGCAUUUAAUGCUGAUUGUGUUCGUCAUAAAGCUCCCAGCAAGGUUAUGAGUCAAGCAUUUUAUACUGCAUAUGAAGGAAUGGAUUUAAAAUUAUCUAAACAAAUAAGGACACAUUCCUUGUUGUGCAAGUUAUACCGAGAUGCAAAACUAGAGAAUUUAGUUUUUGAUACAACUUUAGUUCCUAUGCUUUCUCCUCCGAAACCUUGGGUAAAGCAUGAUUCAGGAGGCUUGCUCAUAACUACAACCCCUUUUAUUCGAUUUCCCAUUCAAGCCACUCAUCAAGCUGCUCGCUACUCUAAAAUGCCUUCUUAUCAACUGAAUCCUUGUUUCGAUUCACUAAAUAGUCUUUCAUUAUGUCCUUGGAUCAUUAAUAAACCAAUAUUAGACCUGGUAAUUGAUGUCUUUAGAAAUGGGGGUAGUGAUGAACUUGAAAUACCUCUGAAUCCAUCUUCAAGCCCUUCUCUUCCAAAAUUUCUUCCGUCUAUGACUAAGAAGGAAAAGGCUGUUAUUCGUAGACAAAAACAAGAACUGAAGAAAAAGAAAUGUGAAAUGACAAGCCUUUGGUAUGACUGUCUCUACAAACUGAGCAUUGCUAACCAUUUUCGAGAAACAGUUUUUUGGUUCCCUCACAACUUAGAUUUCCGAGGUCGAGUGUAUCCAACACCCCCUCACUUUAAUCAUUUGGGAAAUGAUAUGGCUAGAAGCAUUCUACUCUUUGCUGAUGGACAACCUUUAGGGGAAAAGGGUUUGGACUGGUUGAAAAUUCAUCUCAUUAAUCUCACAGGAUUUAAGAAAAGAGAGCCUAAUGAAGAACGUCUGAAGUAUGCUGAUGUAGUCAUGCCAGAAAUACUUGAUUCAGCUGAUCAUCCUUUUGAGGGUAGGCAAUGGUGGAAAACAUCAGACAAACCAUGGCAAACGCUUGCUUGCUGCAAAGAAAUUGCAAAUGCAAUAAGGCAUCCGAACCCUGCAGAAUAUGUAUCACAUUUUCCUAUUCAUCAAGACGGUUCUUGUAAUGGCUUACAACAUUAUGCUGCUUUAGGGAGAGAUGAAUUGGGGGCAAUUGAAGUUAAUUUACACCCGUCUACAGCACCACAAGAUGUUUAUAGUGGAGUUGCUGCACUGGUUGAGAAAGAAAGAGCUCGGGAAGCAAAAGAAGGUUUAGAAGUAGCUAAACAGCUAGAAGGAUUUGUAAAAAGAAAAGUUGUGAAACAAACUGUUAUGACUUUUGUAUAUGGCGUUACACCCUAUGGAGCCAAAUUGCAGAUUUUAAAACAACUCAAAGAUAUACCAGAGUUUCCUGAGAAAUAUUACCAUGAAGCUGCCAUUUAUUUGAUGAAGAAAACAUUCUUUAGUAUCAGGGAAAUGUUUACUGCUACUAAGCAAAUUCAGGAUUGGUUUACUGAGUGUGCAGAGCAAAUAACCAGGAUAUCUGGUGACACUUUAGAAUGGGUUACUCCUGUAGGUUUACCAGUCAUUCAGCCUUACCACAAAGAAGUAUCGGUAAAAAGUACCUCACACUACAUGACUCAGAUUAAAGAACCACAAUCAAGCUACAAUAGCAAAUUUGAACCUUAUCAAUUGCCUAAUAUUAGAAAACAAAAGAAUGCAUUUGCUCCAAAUUUUAUACAUUCACUCGAUUCUACUCAUAUGAUGUUGACGUCAUUGUUUUGUCAAAGAAAGGGUAUUACAUUUGUUUCUGUUCAUGACUGUUACUGGACUCAUUCUUCAACAGUUGAAAUUAUGAACAAGAUUUGCAGAGAGCAGUUUGUGUCACUGCACAAGGAACCUAUUUUAGAACACCUCUCAGCGUUUUUUCUUAGUAAAUAUGCAAGGGUUGUUGAUCAAAAAGUAUCAUCUAGUAAAUUACAUGAAAAAUCAAGAGUUCAGCUUAGAGAUAUUUUAAGUAAUGUACCUGAGAAAGGUACAUUUAACCUAGAUAAAGUUUUGGAAUCAGUUUAUUUCUUCAGUUAACAGUCAUGAGCAUUUCUUUUCCUUCAAUAAUGCGAAAGCUUCAAGAAAUUUGUAUUUAUCAAAUUGUAAAUAUGUACAGAAAUAAAUUUUAAAACUGUCAAA